CAGGCGUACCAACCCACAACACUCAGUCAUCGCCAUCUACGUCAAAAAUGUCGAAAUCAAAUUUCUCCUGAUAGAAAUUCAGAUAUGGUUUCUCUAUUCGAGAACUAUGAACAGCAAUAUUCAGUGCUCACGGCUGAUAUUACGGCCCAGAUCGGCCAGCUCGCCGCCUCCGCCACAAAGGACCGCCGCCAGCUCAUCUCCAAUAUCGAGAAGCAUGUCGAGGAGGCGCAGGAAUUGCUCGAACAAAUGGAUUUGGAGGUUAGGGAGGUCGAAUCUGCAAAAAGGCAGAGGUGCAGGACCAAGCUAGAUUGCUACCGUGCUGAACUCAAGCGGCUGACGCUGGAGUACAUCAAGGCUCGGUCGAUAAAGCAGUUAAGUUAUGACAGCGCGGAAGAAUUGAAUGAUGUGAGGAUGGCGUCGGACCAGAAGCAGAGAUUGUUGGACAACUCGGAGAGGAUAGAGAGGACGGGGAGGCAGCUGGAGGAGGGGUACAGAGUGGUGAUCGAGACGCAGGAGAUAGGGAAUCAGGUCAUGCAGAAUUUGAAUAACCAGAGGGAGACUAUCAAGAGGACGCGAUCUAGGUUACGGGAGACUGACGAGGAGUUGGGCCGUUCGUCCAGACUGAUGGGUUCGAUGAUUAUGAGGUCCAUUCAACAAAAAAUUAUCUUGUUCAUUGUUGGUGCCUGUUUUCUAAUCGCCCUAUGCUUAGGGCUGUACUUAGGCUUGAGCAAAUAGAUUUUACACUGUAGGUAUUGUAUAUAGUUAAGCAUAAACAGAAGUAUUCUCUUGUGUCAUAUUAUUUUAUAGUUUCCAACUUAUUUAACCGUUGUUAUUUUAUUUGUUAUACAUUCCUGUUAUUUGUGAUGUUCUUGUUCGCACUGAUUUUAGCAAUAGUGGAUGAUGAAUACAAUAAUUAAUUUAUUUUAAUAAUACAGAAGUACAAAGCAA